AUGUCGCUCGAUAGACCAGAGAUUCAUACAACCAGAGUUCUAGCCGGUGAAGAGCUUUCCUCCAGUGAAAACUCAGAGGUAAUCAAAUCUUUCAAAAGUUUCAUACUGGAUUUCAGACUAGACUCGAACUUCAUUUACAGAGAACAGCUACGGAAUAACCUUUUGGUUCACAAAUACUUUCUCGAUGUUAAUACAGAACAUUUGAUCGGAUACAAUGAAGAUCUUUACAAGAAACUACAAGAUGAACCUAUCGAUAUCAUACCAUUAUUUGAACAGGCUAUUACACAAAUAGCCAAGAGAAUUGUGCUUUUGUCACAGGAUUCUGAUGUGGAUCCAGAAACGGCUCUCUCGAACUUUCCUCUCUGCCAGCUCAUUCUCAACUCAAGCUCUAUGGAGAUCCCUCUAAGAAAUUUAGACUCUGAUCAUGUUUCGAAGAUUGUCAGAAUUACAGGUAUCAUUAUCUCCUCAAGUGUUCUAACAUCGAGAGCCACCCAACUCUCCCUCAUGUGUAGAAGUUGUAAACACAUGACAACAUUGAAAUUAAACAACUUUCAGAACUUGAAUAAUAAUAAUGUGCAGUUGCCUCGUGAAUGUUUGGCAGAUCGUUCUAAUGAUACAGAUGAGACUGCAGCAUCUUGUGGGCCAGAUCCUUACUUGAUCGUUCACGAAUCAUCACAAUUCAUUGACCAGCAGUUCUUGAAACUACAAGAACUUCCUGAGUCUGUGCCAAUCGGUGAACUACCCAGAAACCUCUUGAUGACUUGUGACAGAUAUUUGACCAACAAGGUGGUCCCCGGUACCAGAGUAACCAUUAUUGGUAUCUAUUCUAUCUAUCAGUCGAAAAAUAAAAGUAUCAAUAGUUCUGGUAACAAAGCUGUUGCUAUCAGAAAUCCAUACGUUAAAGUUGUGGGUAUCAAGCAUCUGUCUAAUAAUCCAUUGAACAAUUCCUUGUCCAUGUUUUCGGAAAGCGACGAACAGAAAUUCUUAGAACUUUCCCAGAGACCUGAUCUAUAUGAACUGUUCGCCAAAUCUAUUGCUCCCAGUAUUUAUGGUAAUGCAGAUAUCAAAAAAGCUAUUGUUUGUCUGCUAAUGGGUGGCUCAAAGAAAUUAUUACCUGAUGGCAUGAGACUAAGAGGUGAUAUUAACGUAUUGCUAUUAGGUGAUCCUGGUACCGCAAAGUCGCAACUUUUGAAGUUUGUUGAAAAAGUGUCUCCAAUCUCCGUUUACACAUCAGGUAAAGGUUCUUCAGCUGCUGGUUUGACAGCAAGUGUUCAAAGGGACCCAACGACUAGAGAGUUUUAUUUGGAAGGUGGUGCUAUGGUGUUGGCAGAUGGUGGGGUUGUUUGUAUUGAUGAAUUUGACAAGAUGAGAGAUGAAGAUCGUGUUGCAAUUCACGAAGCUAUGGAACAACAGACAAUUUCCAUUGCUAAGGCAGGUAUCACAACAGUCUUAAACUCCAGAACAAGUGUUCUUGCAGCAGCCAAUCCUGUAUAUGGUAGAUACGAUGACCUAAAGUCGCCUGGUGAAAAUAUUGACUUCCAAACAACUAUUUUGUCUAGAUUUGACAUGAUUUUCAUUGUCAAGGAUGAUCACAAUGAGGAUAGAGAUAUAUCUAUUGCUAAUCAUGUUAUGAAUAUUCACACUGGUAGAACUCAACAAACCGACCCAAAUGAUGAGUCAAACUCGGAUAAUGAAAUACCAAUCGAAACUAUGAAAAGGUAUAUUAGUUAUUGCCGUUUGAAAUGUGCUCCAAGACUCUCACCAGAAGCAGCUACUAAGUUAUCAUCCCAUUUCAUCAAUAUCAGAAAACAGCUACAAGAGUCCGAAAAACACUCUAAUGAAAGGUCAUCAAUUCCUAUCACAGUUCGUCAGCUGGAAGCCAUUAUUCGUAUCACAGAAUCCUUAGCUAAACUAGAAUUGAAACCAGUGGCUACUGAGGUUCACGUGGAUGAAGCUAUCCGUCUCUUCCAAGCUUCUACCAUGGAUGCAGCCUCCCAGGAUCCAAUUAACUCACAAGAAAACGACACAAACAUGCUUGCUCUAAUAAGAAGAAUAGAGUCUGAAUUAAAGAGAAGACUACCUAUUGGUUGGUCUACUAGUUACAAGACUUUACAAAGGGAGUUCGUGGUGAACAAGCGCCUUCCCCAGUAUGCAUUGGAUAAAGCGUUGUAUUUGUUAGAAAGACAUGAAUCUAUACAACUAAGGCAUCAAGGUCAAAACAUCUAUAGGAGUGGUGUAUGA